GUCAAAAGUUGAACAAUUCAGUACCGAUAAGGAAUCGCGUUUUAACGAAAGAUCAGGGCAGACGUUUUCCAUGUAAUAAUUACGAUCAACGAUAUAUGUGAUUCGAAAUUGAAAAUAAAAUCGAAGUGCCGUUUCACGUACCGUUUACCGCUCCCGAAUGAUGUUGGCACAACUUUUUAGAGGCUUGAACAUGGAGUGGAAUGGCGGUGGAGAGAUGGAAGAGCGAAUGUCUAUUCGUGAUUCCAGCAAAGCACUCAAGAAAUACGGGAGCACGGCUAAGCACAUGACGCGCAACGAAAACCUUAUCAAGCACGUCGUUUCGGCGAGCGAUACCCUUCAGGGUAUUGCGCUAAAAUAUGGAGUCACGACAGAGCAAAUACGGAGAGCAAACAGGCUGUGGGCAUCAGACAGUUUAUUUCUACGUGAAUACUUACUUAUUCCUGUACCUGGAGAUAUUAACACUUCCUUAGGAAACGAUUCCACCCUGCCUUCGGGUGGUGAGAGUUCACAGGGUAUUGAAAGUAUAACUAGUCCUUCGUCGAUAACUUCUUCCAUAGACGACGAAAGCUCCGUAGAUGAUUUCUUGGCAAAAAUGGAUUCAUCGAUAGCGAGUAUGAAGAAGGAAGUUAAACGCGCGCAAGGAAAUAGUGAUUUUGGAGAAUAUGCGUUUUGCCAUGAGGGGGAUGACACGUUCACGCAGCGGCGAAGAGCCGUCGCUAGAUUACGCAACUCACACCCCAUUAGUUCAACCACAAACUCAUCAGCAAACCCCUCUGAGUUAUUGAGGACAUCUUCAUCCGGCGAUGUUUAUAAUUUGCCGUCUGCCGUUGUGAUGACUCAAGGAAGAAGAGUGAAGACAUCGUUGCAAAGACUGCAGCAACAGCAGGAUGAGAUGUUUCAGUUGUAGCAAUCACGGUCGGCUUGCGCUAUAUGUGUAAGGACUUAGGUUUCGGGCAAUGACAUAUGUUGGAGAAAGCAGUGCUGGAUUAUAGAAAAAUUCGCACCACACUUAAUAGCUUGAUAUGAAAAUGAUGAUUACAUCAAGUAUCUUCACGUCGCGGCAUUAAUGACAUUGAAGUUUCAAACAAACAUAAAUACAUGUAUAUUUAUACAUAUACCUAUGUGUAUUGUAUAUGUUCGUAUAUUCAUGUUUGCAGUGUAAUUUAUACACUUGACAAGAUGAUAAGCGUUGGUUUCUUUUUUGACAUUGGUGUCCAGCACUAGAACGCUUCAGACUAGCCGUUUCUUAUUGAAAAAUGUUUGAAUAGAGAUUACGUGAGGUAUAAUUGUUGCAAGCGAUAGGGUAAGUGAAUUCCCUUUACUUUUUAAACCUGUUACGUUAGUUAUUCAUUUUUGAGUGAAUCAUCGCUCACAGAGAUUUCAAUUUAUUUUCUAUUUAUUGUUUUUCUUUCUCUUUCUGUUUAUAAAUAUAAAUUUAAUAUCUUAUCACUGUUGAAAAUUUUGUUGAAUAAAUGUUAAUUUUAUUGAACUGAUCCUAAAUAUCAGUUAUGUACAUAGUCCGAUAUACGUUGGCAAGUAUUUUCUUACUUGCAACAAUUAUGCUCAAAUAACGUUGACUUAUUAAGAAUAAAAGAUAGAUGAAGUAUUAGUGUUGAACCUUCUGAUGCCUUACAUAUAUUGUAUCCAGUCCUGAACGAAUUGAAAGUUAAUUAUUUAUCUUUAAUUAGCUUACCAUACCAAAUUACCGUGCUGUUUGGUGGUAAUCUACAUGAUAUUUGCAAAUUCCUAGCAACUUGUUGAUUUAGUAUUUCAAA